AUGAUGCCGGCGAAACAUCUGAGAACGUACCACGUCCACGGUCCAACUCUGGAACUGAUGAUACAUACAAUGGACUCCGUACUAGAUCCAUUUCAAAUUCAGAUGGCCAUGACUUCGCCUAUUAACACUAAGAAGGCGUCUUAUUCCAAAGAAUUCCCUUUCUUAGCCAUAUUACUACCGCUUCUAGCUCUUUUCUUCCUCCUCGUUAUUGCUUUAUGCGUUGUAUCUCUCUGCUACAAGGCCCGAGAACGCAAACUACGUAGAAGGCAGCCCCAGAGGUCAGUCCAAGAUGACUACAUUGGGGCAUACGCCAGUUAUGAAAUGGAUACCGUUUCAAGUCCUAAUAGGGGUUAUGGCCUUUAUACUGAUCCCUUGAGAGAGUAUGCGGAUGUAGCAGAGAAUUACCAAAGAAAAAGUCGAUUGUCCGCAUCAUUUGCCUGUCGAGUUCGUCGCUUUCUUCCCUCCUUUAUAUUUUCCUGGCUGAAUCGCCUAUUUAAACUUCACUCUCCUAUCAGUCAAACCGUUAGGCAAGGCAAUUUUGCCUUGCCCAGAGACCCAGGACCUUUCUCCGUUGAUCUUUUAGGAGAUGGGCGUGUAUGCAUCUCGGAUGCUGGCGCGAAUUCCUUGGAAGAGUUAAUUUUCUUUCUUACCCUUAUCAACCUUCCAAUCAUUUCAAGACGAGAAGCUUGCCCUGCUUGCCUCAAUGCACUAUCGCCGAAUUCAGUCACUGGCAUCAGCAAACAGAACAAUGAUAUUAGCGGUGGCAACAACGUUUCUUCAAAAAGUAGCUCAGGUGAAGAUAAUGGUCAUCACUCUCCCAUCGCUCAUCCAAUCAGUAUGCUAUCAGGCCCACCAGGUGGGGAUACUCCCAUUCUUUCUUUCGGCUCUCCUCUGGGUUGCAACAAUAUAAACGACGUUGCCGUUAAUCCCUGUCAAUUUACCUGCCAUUCCUGUGGGCAAAUUUCCACUGGCCAGCCGCCUGGUGACUGGUUAAUGUCUAAUGUAGGUAUUUACUCUUAUCUUCUGGCGUUUUAUAAUUAA